CACGAACAAACAACGCCACUGGCGGCUGAGGAAGCGAGCAUGGUCACGAGCGGGAUAGGAUCACCACUUGCUUCUCCAUGGGAGGACCGGCAGCUGGUGCUAUUCUCCGUCGCCGGCGCGGUCCUGGCGUGGUGCGCCGUGAGGGUUCUGGAGUGGGCGUGGUGGCGGCCGCGGCGGCUGGAGCGGGCGCUGCGCUCGCAGGGGCUCCGGGGCACGGCGUACCGCUCCCUGGCCGGCGACGCGGCGCUGCUCGUGCGGCUAAACAAGGAAGCAAGGUCCCGGACCAUGCCGCUCGGCUGCCACGACAUCGUGCCGCGGGCGAUGCCGCUGUUCCACCAUGCCAUGAAGGAGCACGGUAAAACGUCGAUCACUUGGUUUGGGCCGAUGCCUAGAGUGACUAUCACAAAACCUGAACUGGUGAGAGAAGUUCUCUCCAACAAGUUCGGCCACUUUGAGAAGCUCACGCCCACACUUGGCCGAAUUCAGAGGUUGUUGCACAACGGUUUGGGUAGCCAUGAAGGCGAAAAAUGGGCUAAGCAUAGAAGGAUCAUCAACCCUGCCUUCCAUCUGGAGAAGCUCAAGUGCAUGUUGCCGGCUUUCGCCGAAUGUUGCACAGAGCUGGUACACAAAUGGGAAGGUUUAGUCGCCAGUGAUCUUCCAUGCGAGGUAGAUGUCUGGCCUGAUAUGCAGAACCUGACAGGGGAUGUCAUCUCCCGUGCCGCAUUCGGCAGCAGCUACCUCGAGGGUGUGAGGAUAUUCCAGCUUCAGGGGGAGCAGGUCCUGCUCGUCCUGCAGGCCAUGAACAAGAUACACAUCCCUGGUUACCUGUUCUUGCCAACCAAAGCCAACCGAAGGAUGAAGCACAUUUCUGCGGAGAUCGGGAGGAUCCUAAGAGGGAUCAUCACCAAAAGAGAGAACGCCUUAAAAGCUGGCGAAGCAACGAGCGACGAUCUUCUCGGGUUGCUGCUGGAGUCGAGCAUGGCAGACUGCAGGGGAGACGGCAGCUCGGACGCCGGUAUGACAACGGACGACGUGAUCGGAGAGUGCAAGAUGUUCUACUUCGCCGGAGCAGAGACCACGUCGGUGCUGCUCACGUGGACGAUGAUCGUGCUCUGCAUGCACCCGGAGUGGCAAGACCGUGUCAGGGAGGAGGUCAUGCUCGUCUUCGGCGCCAGCACGCCGGAUUACGACGGCUUAAGUCGCCUGAAAAUCGUGACGAUGGUGUUGUACGAGGUGUUGCGGUUGUACACGCCGCUGACGGCACUCCAGCGUAAGACGUACAAGCCGAUGGAGCUCGGCGGCGUCAGGUACCCAGCGGGCGUGGCGCUCAUGCUGCCAGUGCUUUGCGUCCACCACGACAAGGAGCUUUGGGGCGCCGACGCCGACAAGUUCAGGCCAGAGAGGUUCGCCCAGGGGAUCUCCAAGGCGUCCGCCGACGCGCCAGCGUUCUUCCCGUUUGGAUGGGGCCCCCGCGUCUGCGUCGGCCAGAACUUUGCGCUGCUCGAGGCCAAGAUGGGGCUCGCCAUGAUUCUGCGGCGCUUCUCCUUCGAGCUCUCACCCUCCUAUAGGCACUCGCCAUUCCCCCUCGGCAUGCUGCAGCCAGAGCACGGCGCGCAACUCAGGCUCGCGAGGCUUCCGUGACCUGCACAUCACAA